AUGGGUCCACUUCUUGCACCCCUGAUCUACACACAGAUCCCCGCCUUCGUCCUACAGAUCGGUAUAACAUUUGACUCGCGGGCUCCCUGGAAUUUUGCAACUUGCGCUGUGAUUCUCUUCGUCUGCUUGACUUGCAUUCAGCAUGCCAGGACUAAUAUCAUUUUUGUUGAUUAUUUCAUCGGCAUGGGAAUCACUGGCCUUGCUAUGGAUGCCAUACAUAUGACAUUGCUAGUCCAACCCCUUCACAUCUUCCGCCAUCAGAAGCAAACACAAUCAGCAUAUGAACUCCCUUGGUUCAAGAGGUUUAUAUGGGCUUCGCAGUUGUGCGGUUCACCCAGAGGAGUAGGUUGGAAUCAUCAAGUGAAAAACCUCCCUGAACACUCCGCAAAGUCAAGAAAAGAAUUUGUCCUUUCGCGUUUAAUGAAUGCAGCUAAGCACUUCCUGUGGUUCGACCUCGCACACUUCUACAUAAGGCACGACCCGGCGUUUCAGUCUGCUGCAGCCUUCGCAUCUCAGAUGCUCACCCGUCGCAUUCUUGCCUGCGGCGCAUUUUUGGUGUUCAAUUAUUGCAUCGGUGUUAUUAUACACUCGUUCAUAUCAGCUCUUGUCGUGAGUUGUACGUCGUCUGAGCCAAGCUCCUGGCCCGAUUUGUUUGGUAAAUGGGGGGACGCGUAUACGAUCAGACGAUUCUGGGGCCGGACUUGGCACCAAUUCCUUCGACGCUUUCUGAGCCCCUUUGGCCAAAAAAUGGCUUCAUUCCUCGGCUUCCAAUCCGGAACAAACGGAUCGUCCUACACUCAACUUUACACCGCCUUUUUCGUCUCCGCCAUAGCUCACUUAGGAGGUGACGCAAUACUCAACACCUCUCGCAUUGGGGUUUCCUCCCCUUUCUUCGUUUAUCAGGCAUUGGCCAUCACGUUUGAGGAUGGGGUUAUAGCUGCUGCACGCCGCGCGGGAGUGAGAGAGACGAAGUGGACGCGUGUAAUUGGGUAUGUGUGGGUGAUUUGUUGGUUCGUUGCUACUGCGACGCCGUGGGUCACUGCUGUUGGCGUUGCCGGGGUGGAAGGUGGGGGUCAACCAAUCCCCUCCAAUUUUCCACCUUCUUUAUGCGAUGUUCUAGUCAAAUAUUUGGGUGUAUAG